AAAGCAGUCAUCCAUCCAUCAUCAAAAUUUUAGUCAUAACAAAAACCAUACAAUAAAUAGAUACAAAAAUGUCGGACUGUUGCAAGUGUAAAGGCGGCAAAAAAGGUGAGGCGCCGGCGAAAGAGAAACCGGUGGAAAAGAAGCCGGAACUCAAAGGCUUCAAGGUGAUCAUGGUGCGUCACGGAGAGUCGGAAUGGAACAAACAAAACCUCUUCUGCGGCUGGGUGAACGUCGAUCUGAGCGACAAAGGCAAAGAGGAAGCGAAAUGCGCGGGCGAAGCGUUGAAAAAAGAGUGCGCGAAGUUCGACGUGGCGUACACGUCGGUGUUGAAAAGGGCGCAGAUAACCUGCGACACGAUACUGGAGGUGCUGAAUCAGAAAGACAUACCCAUCGUGAAGUCUUGGCGGUUGAACGAGAGGCACUACGGCGGUUUAACCGGACUGAACAAAACCGAGACGGUGCAGAAGUUUGGCGAGGAGCAGGUGCAAAUAUGGCGACGCAGCUUCGAUACCCCUCCACCCCCGAUGAAGUGCGACCAUCCGUACUUCGAGGAAAUCAUGAGGGACGAGAUUUACAAGUGCGGGCCUCCGAUGGAAGAGUUCCCGAGGUUCGAAUCGCUAGAGUUGACGAUCAAGCGUUGCAUGCCCUUCUGGAACGACUGCAUAGUGCCAGAAAUCAAGGCGGGAAAAAAGGUACUUAUAGCAGCGCACGGCAACAGUCUUAGAGGUAUCGUGAAAACUCUGGACAACUUGAGCGACGAAGAGAUCAUGGAGCUGAAUUUGCCCACCGGAAUUCCUUUUGAAUACACUCUGGACGAUUCCAUGAAACCUGUACCAGGAGGUAGUAUGAGGUUUUUAGGGGACCCUGAAACCGUUCAAAAAGCUAUGGAGGAUGUCAAGAAUCAAGGGAAAAAGACUAAAGAAGACACAAAAGAAGAAGGCAAGGGAGAAAAGAAAUAGGAGAAAACACCUUCUAUAAUAAACAUUUCAAAAAAAUGUAUUUCUAAAUUUAAAAAUUAAACAAUUUUUUAUUGUAUUAAAAUUUCAUUUCAACAAAAUCAAAAUUGGCUUAAUAAACUUUUUAUACAGGGUGUUAUAUAAUGAAUGUAAUAUAUUUAGUACAUUGAUACCAACCAACAAAGUAGCUGCGCGUUGCCAGUUGUAAAAAGUUGUUACUAAAAAUUUUUCUUGCAAAAAAUAAAUAAAAACUCAAUAAAUACAAAAGUUGUAUACCCUUAAGCUC